AUGGAAAAGGAUAAAAAGGAAUUUUAAAAUAAAUAGGCAAAUAGGUUAGCUGAGGUUAUGAGUAACUCAGCUGUUCUUGAAGAAGAGAAGGCUGUGUUCUUGAAAAAUAUUGCAAAUGGGAGUCAUUUAUACAUAGAUCCUCUGGUUGAUACCGUUAAGAAAACCUUAAAAUCAAAAUUUCCAUUCCAAACUAAGUUUAAUGCAUUGAUGCUUCUAAAAGAUGCUAUGAAUACAAGAAACAAGGAAAUGGCUAAUUAUGUAACCAUUAAGAUAUUGGAUCGUUUAAAAGCAAUAGCAAAAUAAUCACUGAAACCUGAUAAAAAUAAACUCUUCACUCCUCCAGAUCCUGGAGAUGAAUUUUAUUUGCUAUUGUUAGAGUGUUUAUACAAUUGGUCGAUCUUUUUUCAAUUGCCAGCAGAUUAGAAGAUGUAACCCAGCGCAUUUAAAAAUGUCUGCAGUGAGUUACAAUAGGCAGGAAUCAGAUUUCCUACUUAAUUCAAAUACUUUUAAAUCAUAGAUCUACAGAAUAAAAAGCCAGAACAACCAGAUUAAAAACAGAGUUCAUAACAGCAAUAACAAUAAAAAUAAUAAUAACAAAAAUAAUAAGUGACCCCAAAACCUGCCUCAAAACCUUAAACUAAGCCCAAGAAAAAUGACAAUAAGGCAUUUGAUGCCGCUGUUGAGUCAUUUACUUCGAUAUAGGGUCUUUUCAAUGUUAUUAUUGAUCUCUUAAGAGAAAACGAAGACCUCACAUAUCUACUAAGUUUCUAUUCAGAACUUGAAUCACUCAUAAUUCGAAUUGAAAACCAACUGUUUGAGUUGGAAGAAGAGGACGAUCCAAGGAAAGAGAUGUUAAGUGAGGAUCUAAUUAAACUUAGUACUAAGGGAAAUGAAUUGGUUGCUGAUAUUUAAAAGUGUUAGAAGGGAGAUAUGCCAUGGAUUGUCCUAAGGAAUAAGCAUCAUCCUAAAUUGUAAGAAUUUGUUUAAUCACUCAAAUUCCCUUUGGAUGAACCAAACGUAAUAGAAAAGCAAAAAGAAGUAUAGUAAUCAGAUUAAAAAACUCAAGAAGUUCAAAAGUAAGUGCCCUAGAAUGAUAAUCCCUUUUUCUUCUCUUAGGUUGCUAAUUUCGAAUAGGAUGAUAUAGAAAAAACUAAGUCAGAUUUAAUCUUAUAAUAACAACAGAGGCUAUAGCAGCAAUCUCAGCCUGUCCCUGUUGUUUAAACACAAAAGCAACAAGAAUUGCCUUAAAAAUAAUAGGAACAAACUCCUAAGAUGGAUUAAUGGGAUUCAUAAUAAGCCCCCAUUUCUUGGAAUUAACCAGAAAAUACUCAAGCCCCUGAAACUAAUUUCUAAUUUAAUGGUUUUGAAUAAAGGUAAGCUACAGAUCCUGAUAAUCAAUUUGUGUCUUAAUGGAAUAUGCCAGAAUAAAAGUAGGAACAAUAACACUUUGAAAAUCCAUUUUCACAAUAGAAUUUUGAUAGCAAAGACAAGCACAAUUUACCAUUCGAUUCCAAAAGACACAACACUGAUCCUGAUUCUUAAAAUGGGUGGGGAGUUCAGAAAUAAGAGCCUUAAGGUUAAUAAUGGGAUCCUGGAUUUGCUCCUUGGCAAAACGAAAGAAAGGAUUCAAAGUAGGAUGAAGAGGUGGUUGUUGAGAAGAUGAGACCCACUAUUAUGCCUUAACCACAGGAGUAACAAUAAUAAAGGAAGAAAAAUCCCAAUCCUUUUGAAAGACAAUCAUCAGUGAUAUCUGAGGAUAACAACAUAUAGUUUCCAAAUUUGUGGGGGAAUCCUGAUACUAAACCAUCCCAGGAUGGAUUUACAGGGUUUUCUAAAGUUAUGGACAAUAAAAGUGAAUUUAAGACAGAAGUGGACAGUAAACCAGAUUCAAAUAUAUUUAAAUUCAAUGAUCAGGAUAUUGAUUUGGAAAUUAUGGCUGGAUCAUCUAAGUAUAGUAAGUAGGACAGAUCUAAAAGUGUUGAUUCUUAAUAAGGAAUGCAUAUGCCAUAAAAUCAAUGGGAACCUAAAUCCAAUGGUUAAGAUUUUAAAAACAAGGAAGUUGAUUCUGGGUUAGAUGGCAACUAUCAAUGGGGUAUGGAAAUGAAAAAGGAAGAUCCUGAUGAUUUUGUAGACCCAUAUGCAAAUAGAUUUGAAGAUGAUUUUAGUAAGAAAAUAGAGAGAUACGCCUUCGACGAUCAUUCUGAAAAAAGAGCUAAUUUAGAUCAGUUUGGUAUGUCUGAUCAACCUUAAUUUGAUAAUCAAUUUGCUUUUGAUAUACAGAAUUUACCUAAAAAUAGUGUCUAUUUGAUGGGGUAGAAGAUGUUGUAGAUUGACAACCAGGUAAUUGAAUUUUCGAAACAGUUUUAUUCAAAAUCAGCAAGAAAGACUGGAAUUAGGAUGGCUGAUGCAGAAGUUCAAGCAUCAGAGUAAAUACUGACAUUGCUUAAAAAUAAUCCAUAGUAAGAGAUGGAACAUCAGGAGUAGAAACAAAAACUAUUGAAACAAAUACAAAUCUUAUUAUAACAGAAUGGAGAGUAUGAAUAAGAGGUUAAGGAAUAAAAGUCAAUAAUCGAAAAGUAUGAAUAAGAUUUUAAAUCGUAUAAAUAGUAAUCAUAAAAAUGGACUGAUGUUUACACUUCUCUCAACAAAUAAUUAAUAAAUCUGAAUGAAUACUAUAAACAAUAAAAGGAGUAGAUAGCUAUCUUAUAAGAGGAAAUUUACAAGUUAUCCCAUGAGAAUCAACAGUUAAAUGAUAAAUAUUGUGAAACUAUUAAAUAGAUUUCAGAUUAUAAAUGUAAUGAGGAAUCAUUGUUGAAUAAAAUAAGAAUAAUCGAGAAGCAAUUUAAAUAAAUCACUUUUAAUCAUAAAUGUCCUAUACAGCAAUAUUUAGAGCAAUAUCUCAAAGUUCCGAAUUUGAUUGAAAUCAACAUACCCACUCGAUUUUCUGUAAUACCCAAGGAUACUGAGAAUAAAACAGCCAGAAUAGAAGUUAAAUAUGAUACUAGCUUAUUUAUGGAUAUUCUGAGAGGUUGUGCUUAGCCCUAUUCGAAUGAAAUUGAUGAUUUCAAGUUUUCCAUAUUAAUGCCUAGAGCAGUUUUAUAUGAGGACAAGGUGUUGUAGAUUGGCUGUAUAACUAAAAUCAAUGAUGACGACUUGAGUCUCUUAUUGCAUAUUAGAAAUAAAAGCCAAAACAACAUCUCGAUCACAAAAAUUAAAUUGAUUGCUCCUUCAAAUAACUAGUUAAAUAAAUUGAAUGUUUAAGACGGCAGUGUUCUUUAAAAGUACACGACGUUUAAGAUCUAAAUGAAAUUCCAAUAUUAAGAGUUUAUGAAACAACCUAUAUUGGAGUUCUAGAUAGAUGAUAAAUAAUACCAUAUCUUGUUGCCUGUAUCCUUAAUCAAAUUUGGAGUUUCCGAGUUAGUUGAUAUUGUUUCAUUAAAGGAAAAAUGGAAGGACAAUAAAAGUAAUUCUAAUUCCAAAUAUUUAGAUAUGAAAUGUGUUAUAAAAUCUACUAUCAAUUAACCAAACCAUAAGUUUGUUAAUUAGCUAACUGAUUUUAAGCGAUAUUUCUAGACUUUGUAGUAAUUUGAAAAUUAUCUGAUUAUGCAAUAGACAAUAAAUUAAAGUGAAUUUGGAAUCAAGUUUAAGGAGGACAGACAGCGCUAAUAAUUAAUCAUAAAGGUUCAAUCAAGUCAAUUGUUGAAACCAAAGGCCGAAGAACUUAUACAACAACUAUUAUUCUUAUUUAGUGAAUGA